GUCGUAUCGCGUUUCUCGUCUCCCGUCUCCCGUCUCGUCUGGUCUCUCGUUUCGAUCCUUCGGAUUCUUCUUCUGUCGCCAAGUACCCACGUACCUGCGUACCCCCGUACCCCCGUACCUACGUACACAGGCGCACAUGCGUAUACACGCGCAGCUGCAAUACCGCAGUACCGCAGAGGCCACAGGACAGACAAGUUUGAUCCUUCUCGCAGGGGUCCUGCCACCAUCAUGGGUGCGCCAACCCACAUGGGCCUUGACGUGCCCUGGGGUCGCCCCAAGCAGCCCACCACCUGCAUCUCUUGUCUGGCUGAACAAUACUUAUAUCUCGAGAUCCCUCGCCAACACCCUCUCUCCAUCCCGAGUCAUUCUCCCGGUGCUCAUGACAAUCCACACAGGGAAGCAACAAUCACACUCGUCUUUACCUCUCUGAAGCAACAGGCCUCACAUUCUCUGUGCAGUCGACCAUCACCAACAUCACCACCGCCGCCGCCACCGCCAACACGCACCACACACUACUCUCAGCCUCGCCUGCUCUAGUAGCCUCGCCCCACGAGGUAUUCACGACAAUGUCUACAGAAGCCCACCACAUGUUCCCGGUCAUGGCGCCCGAACACCACCUCUCCGUCCACCAGUACUCUGGCUGGCCACAAGAGCACCCCCAGCACAUCUCGGUGCGACAGUACCCCAGCACAAGCAGCGCCUUCAGCAGCUCAGCGCACCCCGACGAGGACUGGACCAAGGUCUCGGAUCUUGCUGAGCGCAGGCGGAUACAGAACAGGAUUGCCCAGCGCAACUACCGCAAGAAGAUAAAGGAGCGCAUGGCCGACCUGGAGAGGCGCGCGGGGUCUGACGGCGCCAAGGGCGGCAGCACGGGCAGCAAGAAGUCGCCAAAGGGCAAGAAGACCGUGUCUUCGAGGCGCCAGUCGUCACCACCGCCCUCGGCACACCAGACACUGCAGCCACCAUCACAGUCGGGCGUGCCACAGCACCCCUUCACGCCGCCCAUGAACCCAGAGGACCAGUUCUUCCCCUCGCCAAGCCCGCCCGCCAGCAGCCCGCCGCCGUUCGCCAGCUACCAGCCGACAUACUCGCCUCCCAGCGACAACGGCAUGAUCAUGCAGCCAUACGGCAGCCCGCAGCACCAGACAAUCGCAACCACCGGCCCCUACCAGUUCGGCAUGGUCUCCACAAACGCGCCCACGCUGCCGCCAAUGACACACUUUGCGGAUGCGUACAAGGCGCCCAACCUCAACGGGGGGAAUGAGUCGAUGUCGUCGUUUUCCAACUACGGCGACUACACGCUUGGUGGUCACUUGAACCCCUCGCCUUACGAUUCAAAUCCUCAUGUGAGUUCCUUGCGCCACAUCCAAAACCAUCAGCACAGUCCUCUCCCCUCCGCCACUCUCCCUCCCUUCGGCAGCGCGAUGGCCGGUACCUCUGCCGGUCCUCUUGCUGCGCCUGUUCCUUACCGCCCUCGCUAUCCUCCUUCCCCGUCUCGGAGUUGAAGAAGAGAGAGAAGAACGAUGUAAACGUCACACGGCGAGAAGCAGAAGAUCACCAUAAAUCAUCAUCAUUAUCAUCAUCAUCAUCAUCAUAGGGAAAGAAGAAAAAAAGACAACGCUUUCAGCAAGCCAAGGAGCAAAAGGCUAAUACGACAGUCACACCUACAGACCCCAGCUCUGUCGCAUACCUUUGACCACUCAGACAACAACUCGGAGGCGGAUUGGUGUGCGUACCCAGUGACGCCCCUGUCAAUGGGAUCACCAUGAGAAAAAGAGCUAGACAGACCGCAAGCAAUUGCAAUGGGCAUGAGGAAUGGAUAGGAUACACCUGAUUUUACGACACUUUUCUUUUUUUUUCUGUCUAUACCUUUUUUCUUACUUUUUUGAGUGUCAUGAUUGGACGGCCAUCUCCAUUUUCUUCUUCCAUCUUUGAGAGUAUACACUGGCGGCGUGGGGAGCGCAGCGGGGCCGAGGAGUUCAGGGUGGGUCCACGGGUUGUUGCUCUCUUUGGGUUGCAGACAGACAGACCUCUUCAUUUUUUUUUUUUGCUGUUGGUCUCUGGCGCGCCGGAUGGCCAAGAUUGCCUUGGAGGAUGCGAGCAGCUGGAUCAAAACAACACACAAGCGAGCUUUUUUUUUUUUUUUUUUUGGUUUAAAAGGACUAGCGUGGUUAUUUUUGGGAGGGCAUCAUGGUCACGCUGGCCUGUGGACUUGGGGCCGGAGUUCCUGGUUGUGAGACACCUGGUCAUUUUAUUCUUUUUCUUCUUCUCAAUCUUGUCAUCAAAGAUCUCUCUAGUAUGUGCACAGACGGAUCUUUUCAAUGCCAAUCAAUCAAUCAAGCAAUCAAGCAAUCCGCGAGACUUGAAUUCCAUCCGAAAUAGACUUGCCCUUGUCACAGUUUCGGUGGAGCCGGCCAGCCGGCCAGCCAGCCAGCCAUCACGGAAUGCCGACGGCAGGUUGGUGUUGUUUAAGCCACCGGCCCGCUUUGCAGUGGGUAUCAAGAUUAGACUCAUCCAAAAGUAAACUCUUUUUUUUUUUUUGUUGCUCGACUUCCGGAGAUAUUAACCCCCGUCCGUUAUCUCCAGCGUUGAACCACGGACCCUCUUUUCUUAUUUCCACGAUACGCGUAUGUACGAUAGGGCGACGAACCAUCGUCUAGCAUGGUUUGGCUAGCACUGACGGACGGACGGUAGGUACGAGGCAGAAAGAGAGGAGAGUGGGUUGCGUGCGUGCGUGCGUGCGGGUGGAUGGGAUGGGUGGGUUAG